UAUGGUACAUUUGGCUGUGCAUUUACCUCGAGAGGCUAUGUAUGGGGGACCAGUACAAUAUCAUUGGAUGUACAAAAUUAAGAGGUUCUUGUGCAAGCUUAAGCGUUACGUACGAAACAAGGCACGUCCAAAAGGUUCUAUUGCAGAAGGCUAUAUUAUUGAUGAAUGUUUGACAUUUUGUUCUAUGUAUCUUACUGAUAUUGAGACUAGAUUUAAUCGUGAACAUCGAAAUGAUGAUGGAUCUUGCAGCAAAGAUGAACAUGUUCUAGACAUAUUUUCAAAUAAUUCUAGACCAUUUAGAGAUGGAAUAUAUGAUGUCAUACCAAAGAAAGAUUUUGAUAUGGCUCGAUGGUAUGUGUUUAAUAAUUGCGAAGAAGCAGAACCUUUUCUUCAAGAGCAUAGAGAAGAGUUAUUGAAACAAGCUAUUGUGAAUAUCAAUGAUAAACACCGAGAACAAUUUCCUUUAUGGUUCAAAAGAAAAAUUAUGCUAUUAUAUAAUAAGGAAAAGUCAAUGCCUAUCCAAAAAUUAUAUCCUUUGGCAAUGGGACCUGAUGUGCGUGGAAGAACACAUACUGGUUGUAUUGUAAAUGGUGUCAGGUAUCAUGUUCAACGAUGCGAUGAAUUACGUAAAAGUCAAAACUGUGGUAUAGUAGUUGCAGGCUACCAUGAAAAUGAGGUGAUUGACUUUUAUGGUAUUAUAGUUGACAUCCUUGAGUUAGAGUAUGUUGAGGAAAAUCGAGUUCUCCUAUUUAAAUGCAAGUGGUUUGAUCUUCGCAAGAAAACAGGGAUGCGAAAAGAUAAUAAUUUUACGAGUAUUUGUGUUAAAAGGUUUUGGUAUGAACAAGACUCUUUUGUACUAGCUACUCAAGCAAAACAAGUUUUCUAUAUAGAUGACCCAAAAUUGGGGGAAAAUUGGCGAAUUGUGCUCAAAUUUCAAGAUAGACACUUAUAUGAUGUGCCAGAGAAGGAAAAUUCAAAGGCAGAAAGUGAUGAGUUGCAUAUUGCAAAUGAUGAAGUGUAUCAAGAUAUUUCACUUGAAAAUAAUUCAAUUGUCAAUGAUUCGGUGGAAAUACUGUGUCAACUACAUAGAGAUGAUAUUGAUUCGGUUACCUUGGAUGCAAAUGUAAUUGAAUUGGAGGCUCAAACACAACAUGCAGUUGAAAUUGAUUACAGUGACGAUGAUUGUAACCAAGAGGAUGACACUAUAAUAGAGUACAUUAGUGAUCAUGAGGAGAAUGAAGGUAAUAAUAGUACCAAUGAUGAUGAAGUUGAUAGCACAUUUGAUGGUGACGACAUUGGCUUUUGAUGUAACCUCAUAAGAGGGUCCAUAUCUUUGGACUGAUUGCAAACAAUGCACACGAAAUUGCAG